UCCAUUAUCACCUCCUCUUCGCAAUUGCCCUGCCCGCUUCUAUCUUUCAGUUUCAGAUAAAAUAAAAAACGCUCUCUAUUUUCAAAUCCCAAAAUUCCGCAUUUCUUUUUUUGCAAAUCCCAAAAAUUCCUCAAUUUUAAUCCAAAAUCCCAUAAAAGUGCAUACUAAUGGCGACCCUAGAAAGCUUGAUCGGAUUAGUGAACAGAAUUCAACGUGCCUGUACUAUCUUAGGAGAUCAUGGUGGUGAAGGAAUGUCCCUCUGGGAAGCUCUUCCUACUGUCGCCGUCGUUGGUGGUCAGAGCUCUGGAAAAUCAUCUGUAUUGGAAAGCGUCGUGGGUAGAGAUUUCCUGCCUCGUGGAUCGGGCAUCGUUACAAGGAGGCCAUUGGUACUUCAAUUGCAUAAGACUGAGGGAGGGGCUGAAUAUGCGGAGUUCCUGCAUGCUCCAAAGAAGAAGUUUCCUGACUUUGCUGUGGUACGUCAAGAGAUAGCAGAUGAGACAGACCGCAUAACAGGGAAGACCAAGCAAAUUUCUAAUGUUCCAAUUCAACUGAGCAUUUAUUCUCCUAAUGUGGUAAAUUUAACACUCAUUGAUCUUCCUGGGUUGACAAAGGUUGCUGUAGGUGAGCACGAAAUCACUACUUUCCUAUAG